GGACGAGGACGUGGUUGCGCGCGCUGCGGUUCGGGUCGGUCCGCUCGGUGACGCGGUUCGGUGCGGUCCCUACAUCACCGCCAUCCAGCGCAUGCGCACUGAGGAACCGGACUAACGGGAAGGUGAUUAUUGUUUGUGUUAGAUUUUUUUUUUCUGCUUUCUCUCUCUCUCUCACACACACACACACACACACACACACACUGCAGUCAGAGCGUGUCGCAGGUCGCACUAGUGCACGAGGAGGAGAAGAAGGAGGAGGGUGCUACAGAAGAAGAUGAUUAAGAAGAUGAUGAUGAUGUGUGUGAUGGUGAUGAGGAUGUAAGGGAUGAAGGAUGGUGGCGGUGGUGCCGCGCCACACGCAUGGCCCGAUCAACCAGCCGAAGCUCCGUGGGCGAGCGGGAUGCGCGCGAGGCGGCGGAGGCGCGCGAUCUGUCCCUGGAGGAGGUCCUGCGCUCCUACGAGCAGCCCCUGAAUGAGGAACAGGCCUGGGCCGUGUGCUACCAGUGCUGCCGCGGGGAGCGUGCUCACAACACGCACCGGUACCGGGCCCGACACCGCGCCAAGGGGCCCGACUCCAUCCUACUGCACCGGGACGGAACCGUCACCCUGCGGCCCGACACGCGCACCUGCACUGCUGAUGGAGAAGUCGUUCCGGCUCCACCUGUCCAGGAGAGUCAGUUGGUGCAGUCUAUGGGCGUGGCCAUCUAUCGUGCUCUGGACUGGGGAUUGGCCGAGAGCGAGGAGCGUGAGCUGAGCCCACAGCUGGAGCAGCUGAUCGAGCGCAUGGUGGCGAAGGAGGAUGAAGAGUCCGCCGAGUGCAUCAGCAACACCACGAAGGACGAAGGCUAUAGCGGCCCUGACGACGAGGAGGACGAGGAGGAAGAGGAGGCGGGGAGCAUGCACGCGGUGCGUACUCUUCGUCAGGUGAUGAUGCUGUGUGCCAGGAGACUGGCCAACCCAGACGUGGCUCCUGAACACUACCAGGCCGUGUGUAGAGCACUGUUCCUCGAAACUCUGGAGCUCCAGACUUUCCUCUGCAGGAUCAGAGACACCAAAGAGAUGUUGAGGAGGAUCAGGACAGAGGAGUCUCGAGAGGAACGCUGUGCUGCUGAACUAGACAACCUCAAACACACAGACUGGGCUCGGUUGUGGGUGCAGUUGAUGAGGGAGCUCAGGCAGGGUGUGAAGCUGAAGAAGGUGGAGCAGCAGCCAUUCGAUCCUCUGCCCACAGAGUUCAGCCUCACACCAUUCGAGAUGCUCAUGCAGGACAUCCGCUCUCGCAGAUACACACUGCGCAAAGUGAUGGUGGACGGAGACAUUCCUUCACGAGUUAAACAGAACGCUCAUGAGCUCAUCCUGGACUUCAUCAGAUCCAGACCUCCACUUAAACCUGUGUGUGAGCGUAGUCUCCGCCCGAGGCCGCAGGAGGAGCAGUCUCUCCACGAACUCGUGUUAGCUGAAAUUCGUCAGGAACACAAACUUCGUCCAGUGGGGAGGCGGAGCUCCAAGAGACCGUUUGGUUCUCUCCCAUGUCUCGCUCCCUCAAAUCACUGUGACCUCAAAUCUACUUCCUGUAUUGACCUGUCAAUCACAGAAGGUGGGCUUCGGCCUUUUUCCCGACCUCGCGUGCUGCUUAAAGCCCCCACACUCGCCGAGAUGGAGGAGAUGAACCUGUUUGAGGAUGAGGACUCUCCUGAUGGUGGGGAGUGUGUGGAGAGUAUGAUGAAGCGUGAUCGUUCAUUCUCGGAACACGACCUGGCCGAGCUGCUGCAGAGUGAAACGAACGAGACAAGCGCAUCGUACACACGAGAAAGAGAAAGACCUCGAUCGUACACACACUCUGGAACCACACACACACGCCCACAACGAGCUUCUAUGCCUGAGAUUGGCUGGUCCCAUGCGUCUUCUGCUUGUCGCUCUCUCAGCGAGGUGGAGGAGAUCAGCGAGGCUUCGGCACCGUCCAAGAGCCCCAGCGCUAACCAGUGGAUGGAGGAGUUCAGCCACCCAGUGGAGAGUCUGGCGUUAACCCUUGAUGAGGUCAUCAGCGUGCGCCGUGUGCUGGUGAAGGCAGAGAUGGAGAAGUUUCUCCAGAGUAAAGAGCUUUAUAACAAUUUGAGGAAGGGCAAGGUGUGCUGCUGCUGUAGGGUGAAGUUCCCCUUUCCCCUGUUCUCUUGGCCUUCUACUUGUCUGCUGUGUAAAAGGUCGGUGUGUAGCUCAUGCAGUGCAAAGAUGAAAAUGCCAUCUAAGAAGCUAGCCCACAUCCCAGUGUAUGCUGUGGGUUUCCAUAGCAGCCCGAGGAACCACAGCCAGCGCAGCGACGUCUACAAGUCUCUGCGCUCGCUGUCCCGCCGCGCUGUCGAAGACGAGUUCCCGUACCUCUACGUCGCGGGCUGCACUCUGAGAGAUGUUUGCGCCGAAUGCACCAAGUUCAUCGCCGAUGUUGUUUCUUCCAGCCGCCGCAGCCUCGACAUCAUCAACAACACACCUAAAAGAGAGAAGCCACACCCUCGUCCCAGCUCUCAUUACUCCCUGAUGCCCCCUAGAGGCAGAUUCGAUGUAGGCAAUGAUUGACCGAGCGAGCGGUGUUGUGUUGCUUUGUUGUGCUGCUCCUUUGCAGACACCUGAAUUGUUGGCCCCGCCUUGGAGACAAUGAUGUCAACGAUCUGGACCUCUACACACCUCUCUUCACAGGGUGAACCUUUGACACUACAAGAUAAUGGCUGAGUUGCAGUUCUGAAUGCUUGGUGCUGUUUUGCUGAUUCCUUAGCCACGCCUUGCCACACCCCAGACUGCAGUCCCCA